AAGAAAGCCAAGAAAAGAGCGGAUGGCGCCAAUUCCAAUGUCUUCUCCAUGUUUGAACAGACCCAAAUCCAGGAGUUCAAGGAGGCCUUCACCAUCAUGGACCAGAACAGAGACGGUUUCAUCGACAAGAAUGACCUGAGGGACACCUUCGCUGCUCUCGGGCGUGUGAACGUGAAAAACGAGGAAAUCGAAGAAAUGCUGAAGGAGGCUCCAGGUCCCAUUAACUUUACCGUGUUCCUAACGAUGUUUGGGGAGAAGCUGAAGGGGGCGGACCCCGAGGAGACCAUUCUCAACGCGUUCAAGGUGUUUGACCCCGAGGGCAAGGGGGUGCUCAAGGCUGAUUAUGUUCGGGAGAUGCUGACCACACAGGCAGAGAGGUUUUCCAAGGAGGAGAUCGAGCAGAUGUUCGCCGCCUUCCCCCCGGACGUGACCGGCAACCUGGACUAUAAGAACCUGGUGCACAUCAUCACCCACGGGGAGGAGAAGGACUAG